CAAAUAACCAGAAUUCAAUAACUUCCAUGUAGGCACUUCUCUGCUCAAAUCUAUAUACUUUUGUUCCUGAUCCUUCACCCCUGGCAUAGUUGACCUCAACUCGCUUUUUGAGCUGCUUGCGCCCCCGGGCAACAUGUUGCCCCCGGGCAGCGGCCGUGACCUACAAAAUGACGAUAACAUUUUAGCGAAGCCUUUGGUGAAGGGGGACCUGCUUCCACCCCAAGGGAUAGAGAAUGACGUUACACAGUCUUCCCAAGCAGACUCUCAGAAGCCCAGCCCCGUUGAUGUAUCUAGUGUCAUCACCCAGGUCACCUCUGUAAACAACCAUCGACCAGUCGUGGCGCCUUUUCGAGUAACUAGCCAUUCUCCACCCGCAAAGACCUGGCGCAAGCGGUUUCGCUCGCUGCUCUGCUGCUUCGUACCGCAGAGCCAGGGCUACUUCCGGCCACAGGAGGGAGAAUUUGGAGGGGGCAGAUUUGUACCGCCGCAGCCCCCCAGAGUGGCGGGGACAGUUCUGAUAGGGCCAAAGCGGUCAGACGACUUGGACAAGAAGACGCUUGUCCUGGACCUCGACGAGACACUUGUACACUCCUCGUUUAAGCCCAUCCCGAACCCUGACUACAUCUUGCCGGUGGAGGUAGAUGGCAAGCUGGUGGACGUGUACGUGCUCAAACGGCCGUGGUGCGACCACUUCAUGGAGAGCGUGGGCUCCCGGUUUGAAGUGGUUAUUUUCACCGCAAGCCUUGCCAAGUACGCGGACCCCUUGCUUGACCUGCUCGACAAGCAGCGCUUGGUUCGCUGGCGGUUAUUCCGGGAAUCUUGUUUCCCCUACGAGGGUAACUACGUAAAGGACCUCAGCUGCCUUGGACGUGACCUCUCGCAAACCAUCAUCGUCGACAACUCCCCGCACUCGUACGUGUUCCAGCCCGCCAACGCGGUCCCCAUCAGCACCUUCAUCGACAACAUGGACGACCAGGAGCUGCUGGAGCUGCUGCCCGUGCUCAACGAGCUGGAGCAUGCAGCGGACGUGCGCGUCGUGCUGGGGGCCAACCUGGGCCUGCGGGAAAUCAGCGGCUAGCUAGGGGUGCUGCUGGCAAGGUGGAGGAGCACAGCACAGGAGGAGCAGUGCAGCGCAGUACAGGCUGGUGCCGGCGGCGGCAGCGGCGCUACCAAACAGGAGCAGCGAAGCAGCCGUCAGGGCGCUUCUCCGCAGCCAUGGCCGGGACUGCAACGGGACUUUUAGACCCCAGGAGAGAGGCAGCUGCGUGUUGGGUGGCCCGUGUCGUGCAGCAGGCGCGGAGCUAGGGUCCUCUAAUACGGAGGACUGGAGGAGCAGCGCAGGCAGACCCGGGAAAGGAGGAGCGGCACCGGGUGGCGGAGGAAAGGUCUGUCAGCUGCAGGGAGCGCCGUCUGUCAGCACAGCAGGAGGUCAGAGGACGGUAGACGGGAGGACGUAUACACCGGACGACAGGAACCCGACACAAGGCACUAAUUCUUUAUUUCAUGUAUGGCUGUUGAUGACUGUUACCUCGAGUGUCGAUGCUCAAAACUGCACGCAGGCCAGGGCGUGUUGCGUCGUCCUGGCUCCCAACAAAUGAAGUAGCAGCAUUGUAUCACGUAUGCGGACAGCAAAGCAGGCAGCAGGAGCACAGCAGCGUUUACAGCUUGCAGCAGAACAUCACACCGACCUGCCGGCUACUGUAUUCGUUUUCUUGGAGGAAUGGUGUAUGUGUAGGGACAAGGCCAGCGGCGAAUGCCUUGGCUGAAGCGCCUUCAAUGGGCAUCUGGCGUGUCAGGGCGUUAGCAACCACCAUGUUGGCGGCCGCAGCGGCGGCCGG